AUGCGAUCAGGAGAUAAAGUGUGUUUGACAGAAGGUGUCCGAUCAACUUUUAAAAAUAUCGCAGAGAACAAAUUUGCUACCUCCAGUUCGGUGUAUGCAGAUUACGCAGUGUAUCACAGUCCAGUGAGAUUAACUGAUGGCGAGCGAAGAGCAAUACGUCCAUACUGUGCCGCAACAAAGCAACAAAGUCAACCAUGGAUGAGAAUAGAUCUAAACAAUAUCUAUCAGAUUGAUCAUGUACUGGUUUUCCACGGAUGGUCUUGGGGUGAAUCAUGUGAUACAUAUGAGGUCAGAGUAGGAGCAACAGCAACGUGGAACGAGAUGACGUCAUGUGGAGAAGGGUCACAGCUACAAAAUGAAACCAUCGUCUGCAUAGACUGUCUUCUUGGGCGUUAUAUCCAACUGCAACUGAAAUCAAAAAAUAAUCAAUGCCUGAUUGUCUUAUGUGAAAUAGAAGUCUUUGCAGCAGUUGUGUAAAGAACAAGUUUUGAUUCAAGGGUAAUUGCUGCUAAACGCUCUUCAAAAUUAUGUAAUUUUAAAUGUUUUCGAUAUGGUAAAUGUCAUUCGUUGAGAGGUCUGUUGAUAAUUGCUGUAGGGUAUCACUUGUAGCCAUUCCUUGACUGAGCUUGCUUGCUCAUACGAGAAUAGUUUGAUAUAAAUUAUGGCUUUUACAAUGAUAUAAUUGUUAAUUGUCAUUAGUUGUUAUUGCAUUACUGACAGUCUAGUGCCUAGCGGCGUGUAUGAAAUAUAAAUAAUUAGACUUGUAGAAUAGACGUGUUAGCUUAGUGAUAUUUUUUCAUUACUUUCAAGCUUCAUAUUGUUACUCCAGUGUUUAACUGUUGCCAUACAGAAUUUCUGACGUAUCUUAAUUACUUAAGUACUUUGUGUAAAGGCUCACCUUAGAUGGCAUAAUACGGAUGCGAUUUACAAAUAAAAAGUCUUAUGGCCCAUUUCGUUUUGAUGUGCCAUCAAUUUGCUAGAUUUUUCUUAUAAAGGUAUAUCUUAUAUGUAAUGUACAUUUAGAGCCUGUAAUUGUAUUUUUGUAUUUACGCAUAUAUACAUAUUUUUGUAGGAAUUAUGUAAUGGUUUCUUAACUAGUAUGGUUUUAUUUGCCAUUAUGUUGUGUACUGGGAUAGCGUCACGUGGUCAAUUUAAUAAUCCAGGAAUACUUUUGAUAUUUGCACGCUGAACACAAUUAAAAUAAAGCACGUUUGGUUUUAAGAAUCACCACCAA